GAAGAAGACGAAGUCUCAGCGUUCAUUCAGCGCAUCAGUCAGUGUGGUUGUUCACAACACUAACCUGUUCCCUUUCUUUUUCAUUUGAUUGUAUAUAUUUUUGUUUAUUCAAAUAUUUAUUUGAAGAGUUUCACGAGUACCGCUCGAAGAAACCCGGGAUAUAUAGAGGACGCGUGAGACUUCUGAGUUUGGUCCCGAUCGUUUUUGGUGUGACUCGCUCUGGUUGAUUCAAGAGGGACAUUUUCUUCAGCCGCGGAAACAUGAGCUUCCUUUUUGGAAACCGUUCAUCCAAAACAUUCAAGCCCAAGAAGAAUAUCCCCGAGGGUUCCCAUCAGUACGAGCUGUUGAAACAUGCGGAGGCCACGCUGGGAAGUGGAAACCUGCGCAUGGCAGUCAUGCUUCCCGAGGGUGAAGACCUAAAUGAGUGGGUCGCUGUCAACACUGUGGACUUCUUCAACCAGAUCAACAUGCUUUAUGGCACCAUUACGGACUUUUGUACCGAGGAAAGCUGUCCAGUCAUGUCUGCUGGUCCAAAGUAUGAGUACCACUGGGCCGAUGGAACUAAUAUCAAGAAGCCCAUUAAAUGCUCAGCUCCAAAGUAUAUUGAUUACCUCAUGACCUGGGUGCAAGACCAACUUGAUGACGAAACACUUUUCCCUUCAAAGAUCGGUGUCCCCUUCAAGCGCAACUUCAUGUCUGUUGCCAAGACCAUUCUGAAGCGCCUGUUCAGGGUCUACGCCCACAUCUACCACCAGCACUUUGACUCCGUCAUGCAGCUGCAGGAGGAGGCCCACCUCAACACGUCGUUUAAGCAUUUCAUCUUUUUUGUUCAGGAAUUCAACCUCAUCGACAGAAAAGAGCUGGUCCCACUACAGGAGCUGAUCGAGAAGCUGACGACUAAAGACAGAUAAACGUCGAUCCCAACUCUUGGUUUUACUGUUGUAGUUUUUUGCACAGACACUCACCCCCACCCUGGCUCUAUGUAUGCAGUAUGUACUAGAUUUCCAUUCGGGGAACUGUUUUAAUAAUGCCAGGAAGAAGAAAGGGGAUUGAUAGGUUUAAGGCACCAGAACUAAUUUUAUCAGGGAUUACACACUCAGUUAACAAACACGGGAUUAACAUCAGAGAAAAGCUUUGUUUAGUCCUAUUUACAAUAAUCCACUUUGUUCAGUUAUGGUUUAAGUUUAGGACGCUGUAUGAUGAUUAGUUUUCUGCACUUUUUUCUUGUAAACUUUGAUUUUUAGAGUCUGUAUUUUUGUCCCUCAUUCUUGGGGGGUGGGGGGUAAUAAAUAGACAGAGCUGCUGUAAUAUAGGGUGUUGGGUGUUAGGCAAGCAUUAAAGCCAGAUUUAAGGCCAAUGAAACUGUUGGGUUUAGAUAUUUUAUUCUCUAUAUAUAGUUUUUGGUUCACUGCUGUAAUUGCCAUCAAUACAAAAGAACCCUAAGUGCCUAGCAUGGCUUCUAGUUGCCCUAAUCCACAGCGAGUGUUGUCUGAAACUAAAGGCCAUAUCCGACUGAAACAUCAGAACCUUGCCCUACCUCCCUUUAGAAAUCCUAUCUUGUUAUUUUCUUAUCGUUUCGAACAUUUUUUCUGUAAACUUGAUAAUAUUUAGUCAUCAGGUGUCUUUGCUGUUUGUUGAUUAAAUGAAUGUGUUGAAGGGACAUAGAAGUGAGGCUAGGACACUGUCAUGUUGUAGCAGGGACUAUUAUUAAUAAACUUCAUGUAUUGUUUAGUGACAUGCUCCUAUGUGCUAGUUCCCCCUCUAUAUACAUCUUUUUUCAGUAGAAAUACAUUUUAGUAAGUUUUCCUGAGGGAUGUAAAGGUUUAGGCUUAUAACCAGUUUCCUCAGAUAGAUGAAAUGAAAAAUCCAAGCUUUUGAAUUUGGAAAUUGCUACUUCCUUAUUCUCAAUAGCCAUGAAGCACUUUGACCAGUUUUCCUGACCACUCUCGCCUGAAUGUUUCCCCUCCAUAUGCUGUACUUUUAUUUGGUGUAAAGCUGAACAUUUGUUUUUAACACUUACAAACUCCAAAUGAAUGUUGAAUGACUCGACCUCCUUUGAAGUCAGCUAUAAGGCACAAAGCAAGGUUUUUUUUUUUUGAUGCGUUUAUAUGGUUUUGGUUUGGCUGUGCUUUAAGCAGCAGAAGCAUGCACCCCUCCCCUAAGGUUUAGUUUGCUAUGCAAUGACUGACGGAACACUAAAAUGACCCCAAAUUGGUCUUAAUAGUGCUUAAAUUUGGAUGUGUGACAAAAGAAUCUCUUUUCUGCUUUAGUUUGAAGACGGUGACUUGGAUGUUUUCUAAAUGGAAUUUGUUAGAAGUGUUUGUCUCUGAUGCACACAUGUAAAUACUGAGGAUUGACUGAUACAGAUGAAACGGGAGCAUGGAGGGGUUGUUUUUUUUUGGGGGGGGGGGGGUAAAUGAAUGCAUUUAGUCUUUUUGGAGGCUGCUUCCUUUUCUUCAUUUGGAUAUCAAAGCAUUUUGUUUUAAUGUUCAGUAUCCUUUUAUCAACUUCUAACUACUAUGAAUGUUACACAUCUACAGAUAUCUGACACUAUAAUAAAGAAAGCGGUCAUUCAGAAGCAUCUCUGCCUAAAGAAAUGCCCACAUCAGAGCCUAUUGCCUACAGUUUCUCCUCUUUCACUUUAAUUAUUGAUGAAAUGUUUGUAAAUAGUGGCUUGAUUUGGAGUUUCAAAUGCUACUGAAUAGAUUUAUGCUGUUUGCAAGGCAAAUAAAGGUGGUCUUGACUCUUUCAUUGAA